CAAUUCUCGCUCACUCCCUCCCGCCUUCGUUGUUUACAGCCACCACCACCCUCAUCUCUCUCUGUCUCUCUCUCUCUCUCUCUCUCUCUCUCUCUCUCUCUCCGUUAUCCUUUUACUUUGUCUUCAUCCCUUUCCGUUAUUCUCUCCCUUUCUUCCACAUUUUCAGAUCUCUCUCUUCCUCCACCAGAUCUGGUGGUGGCGGUGGCGGUGGCGGUGUUGCUCCUCCCAAAUCAAUCAAUCAAUCAAUUUUCUGCUGAGCGUUCAGUGUGGUGAUACGUAGAGAGCAGACACAGAGAGAGGGGACUCUCCGUUUUCAAUACACCUUUUACCGUAUUCUUUUGAGGGGGAGGCCGGGGCCUCGGCCUCGGCGGCUUUCAAAGCCCCCACCUUCACAGGCCCAUACAAACAAACCCUAACCUAAUUUUUUUCCUCUUUUUUUUUUUUUAUCUCAAUUCAAUUUUUUAGAGAUGCCUGCUGUAGCUUGUUGCGUCGACGCAUUCGCCGGUGACAUCUCUUUCCCGGCGCCGGUUGAUUUCACCGGCGUUCCGCCGCCAACCACCGACGACAGCCACUGGUCUCCCACCCUCUCCUCCGCCCUGUACAACGUCGACGGCUGGGGCGGACCUUACUUCGCCGUGAAUUCCACCGGGAACAUCUCGGUCCGGCCACAUGGCGGUGAGACGCUGUCUCACCAGGAGAUUGAUCUGUUGAAGAUCGUGAAGAAGGCCUCUGAUCCCAAAUCUUGCGGUGGUCUCGGUCUCCAGCUUCCGCUCAUUGUACGGUUCCCUGAUGUUUUGAAGAACCGAUUGGAGUCUCUGCAAUCGGCGUUUGACUAUGCUGUCCAGUCUGAGGGGUAUGGCUCCCAUUACCAGGGGGUUUACCCGGUGAAAUGCAACCAGGACAGGUUCGUGGUGGAGGACAUCGUGAGAUUCGGUUCUUCGUUCCGGUUCGGUUUGGAGUCAGGGUCUAAACCAGAGCUUCUCAUGGCUAUGAGUUGUCUAUGCAAAGGCAACGCAGAAGCGCUUCUCAUCUGUAAUGGAUUCAAGGACGCCGAGUACAUUUCCCUCGCCCUGGCUGCGAGGAAGCUGGCUCUGAACUCCGUGAUUGUGCUGGAGCAAGAGGAGGAGGUUGACCUGAUCAUUGAUCUGAGCAACAAGAUGCACAUUCGCCCUGUGAUUGGAAUGCGGGCGAAGCUGCGGACCAAGCAUUCGGGCCAUUUCGGUGGGACUUCCGGUGAGAGGGGGAAAUUCGGGCUCACAACUGCUCAGAUUCUGAGGGUUGUGAAGAAGCUUGAGCACGCUGGCAUGCUGGAUUGCCUGCAACUCCUGCAUUUUCACAUAGGCUCUCAGAUUCCUUCCACCGCGUUGCUCGCUGAUGGUGUGGGAGAAGCUGCGCAGAUCUAUUGUGAACUGGUUCGUCUCGGGGCUCAAAUGCGAGUCAUUGAUAUUGGAGGUGGCCUCGGCAUUGAUUACGACGGUACAAAAUCUAGUGACUCUGAUAUCUCUGUUGGGUAUGGUCUUCAAGAGUAUGCCACUGCGGUGGUUCGCGCCGUUCAGGGUGUCUGCGACCGGAGGUCCAUCAAGCACCCGGUUAUCUGCAGUGAGAGCGGCAGGGCUAUUGUUUCUCACCAUUCUGUGUUGGUGUUCGAAGCUGUUGGUGCUAGCAGCUAUGGAGCGCCCCCUGCAUUCUCAUCUCUGGCUCUGCAGUACUUGGUGGAGGGGCUCUCGGAGGAAGCUCGUGCUGAUUACCGCAACCUCUCUGAUGCGGCGAUCAGGGGAGAACAUGAGACCUGCUUGCUGUACACUGAGGAGAUGAAACGGCGCUGCGUGGAGGAGUUUAAGCAAGGGCUUUUGGGAAUGGAAGAGCUUGCCGGCGUGGAGGGGUUGUGUGAUUUGGUAAGGAAGACGGUGGGGGAGGCUGAUCCAGUUCGGAGGUACCACGUGAACCUCUCCAUUUUCACCUCUAUCCCUGACGUGUGGAGCAUUGAUCAGGUGUUUCCCAUUAUCCCCAUUCACCGCCUCGAUGAGAAGCCCACUGUGAAAGGCAUCCUCUCUGAUCUGACCUGUGACAGUGAUGGGAAGAUUGACAAGUUCAUCAACGGAGAGUCAAGCUUGGCGAUGCACGAGUUGGAAGGUGGGAGGAAGUACUAUCUGGGAAUGUUCUUGGGCGGUGCUUAUGAGGAGGCGCUUGGUGGUUACCACAACUUGUUUGGAGGUCCCAGCGUGGUUCGGGUGUUGCAGAGCGAAGGUCCACACAGCUUCGCGGUGACGCGUGCAAUGCCGGGUCCUUCCAAUGGAGACGUACUUCGAGUGAUGCAGCACCAGCCUGAGCUCAUGUUUGAGACUCUCAAGCACCGCGCAGAGGAGUCUGUGCAUGAUGAUGAGCUCACUGCUGCGGCUCUCGCCACAGCCCUGGCUCGCUCGUUCCACAACAUGCCUUAUCUGGUAACUGCUGCUGACCAUGCUGGAGAGGAUGAGCAUGAUCAAUGGUCUUAUUGCAUUGCUUGAGUUUGGUCAGUUUCUGGUUGGUUGUCGUCAUUUCAAAAUUUAUUCAACAUUUUCUGCUCUAGUUUAGUUUGUUAUUAGUUUAGCAUACAGAAUGCAGGGAAGUGAGUGUCCUCUGUCAUUUUGUUUUGUAAUUUCCGCCAUCAGCUGAACCUGUCUAUGACUUUCAGUAACCAAAUUUUAUUGAUGCCUCCAUUGUCAUAUUUAGAAUAAAAGUGCUCUGUUAUUGAAAA